UCCACUUUCUUAGAAUUCGUUUCAAUAUGCAGAUGAGAACGAGACUUAAAGCAGGGUGAUCGGACCGAUCAUUCAGACAUCUUCUGAAACAUCAGGAUCAUCAGGUCUACAGUGAAGUCAGCAUGAAGACUCUCAGCCUGACAGUGGGACUGCUGCUCAUGCUGUUCCCCGUUUACCACAGCGAUGCCUCUAAGAAAGUGAAUACUCCUGACUCUUGCUGUUUUCGCUUCUUUGACAAACGGAUCCCAAAGGCGAACAUCGUGUCCAUCGUGAAAACUCACAGACAAUGCCCCACACCAGCAUUUGUGAUCAAGACACCCAGAGGGCUUUUCUGUGUGAAACAGACUGCGGAGUGGGCAAUGGAACAAUUUGUGAAACAAGAGAGAGAGUACAUUCCCCCUGUACCUCAAGAGCCAACUGGGCGUCCCAGCUCUCUUAACACAGAGGGGAGUCACCAUGAAUCAAAGUUAAGUAAUAAUAAAGGAUCAACAGUGACUGAAGAACAUCAAGACAAACUAACAAGUUUUUGUUAGAUCUGCUUGAAAUGACAGGAUGUGUGCUGUAAAACACACAGACAAUCUAAAGUAUAGUGAUUACUCAUCACACAAACAUUUAAAUAGAAAUUAAAAUUUUAA